AUGAUCGGCAGUUUUUUCUUCAUUUGCAAUCGCCUCGUGGAGAUUAUUUUCCUGAUACCAAUCAUUGGAAUGCUGGCUUACUUUAUCGACGGAUAUCUCAAGGCCAAUGUGAUCACCCCGACCUACAUCCUCGUACUUUUCAUCGUCAGCACUAUCGCAGUCUUCUGGUGCUUUGACACAUUAAUCCGUCAUGCGACCACUAAGCGCUCAGCCGCCUUUGUCGCUUUUGUCGACCUCCUCUUCUUCGGCGCUUUCAUUGCAGGGGUCUACCAACUGCGCUUCAUCGCAAAUGCCAACUGCUCCCAUUGGGAUGGGGGCUCUGUGUGGGUCUCCCUUGGCCCCUUUGGAGCCUAUGGUUACCGCACAGGCAACCCGCUGGCCCUUCAGGUCAACAAACAUUGUGCGAUGUUGAAGACCUGCUUUGCGCUGGGCAUCAUGGAAGUUGUGUUCUUCUUCUGGACCGCCUUUUGGGCGCUUUUCAUGCACACCCGGUCUGAUGUGGUUGUUAAGGAGACAACGACAAUUCGGAGGAGAAGUCACAGCAGUCGGCGUGGACAUGGACACCGUCGGAGCUCCAGCCAUCGCCGGCCGCAAUAUGUGGUCUAAUCUUAUUUCCUCCAUUUCACCUAUCUUUCCUCAUUACUUUCCUCAGGCAGUUUAUGAUUUACGGAUACGACUUGGAUGACAUAGAUAAUGGGAAGCGGAAAGCACUAAAGGAAAAAAAAAAAUCGGAGAAAAC